CGACUUGUUAAUGGAACGCAAAACGAUUUCCUUGCCGAUGUUCAUUAUGUCUGCAUUUCCGACAACUACUGGCUAGGGAAGAAGCGCCCUUGCCUAACAUAUGGGCUCCGUGGACUGUCAUACUUCCAAGUGGAGGUGGAAUGCUCAAACAAAGAUUUGCACAGUGGAGUAUUUGGGGGAACCGUCCACGAAGCUAUGCCGAAUGAAUGUCACUUGCUCAGCGUUCUUGUCGACAAGGAUCCAAAUCCAAGGAUCCUGGUCCCUGGAGUGGAUCGUGAUGUUGCACCCGAACUAAAGAACGAGCAGGCAAUAUACGAGAACAUUGACUUUCAAGUUUCUGAGUACAUGAAAGACAUUGGUGUUGACCAGCUGCCGCAUAAUGGCGACAAAACCAGGCUGCUUCAAGCCAGGUGGAUCCAUGGAAUCGAAGGUGCGAUUUAUGAGCCAGGGGCAAAGACCGUCAUUCCGAAGGAAGUGAUUGGCAAGUUCUCACUUCGACUUGUGCCCGACCAGGAGUGUGUCAGUAAAUACAUUAGAGCAAAAUGGACAGAGAGAGGUUCGCCUAACAAAAUAAAGGUUACUAUGCUCUCAGCUGGAAAGCCCUGGACAGAGGACCCAAACCAUCCCCAUUAUCAGGCUGCGAAACGGGGCAUAAGGCAUGUUUUCAAUGUAGAACCCGACAUGACCCGUGAGGGGGGAUCCAUACCAGUAACAUUGACAUUGCAGGAAGCCACCGGCAAAAAUGUCAUCCUUGUGCCAGUGGGAGCAUGUGACGACGGCGCCCACUCUCAAAAUGAAAAAAUCUAUGUCUACAACUACCUUGAAGGCACAAAACUGCUUGGCGCUUAUCUGCACUAAGCGGGAAAAUUGUAAACAAGCAGACAAUCUAUAUACCUCCUUAAAACGACGAAACAUCACAACGGUGCACUUAUUUUUAUAAAUAUUAUCUUUAAAUAUACUUUUUCUUGAAAAAUGUUCAUACAAUUCA